AUGCUCCGAAACCUUGAAGUGAAGCUGGAAACUGUAAAAUCUGAAGUCACGGAGCGACUGCCUGAAAUCCAACCAUGCCCUACAGUGCAGCCGACAUGUCCCCCGCAGCCUGAAGUAAAAAUGAAUGAACCCUGUUAUAGAUGUGAAGCAGGCUGGGAGCAUCAUGGAGGAAAGUGCUACUAUUUCUCCACAAGAAAAUCACCGUGGAAUGAGAGCAGAGCUGACUGUAGAGCUGAAGGAGGAGACCUGGUUAAGAUAGACAGCAGGGAGGAGCAGAGUUUCUUGAGGAAAAUCAUUCAACAAAAAAUGAAGGGAGAUGAAGAUCGUUUCUGGAUGGGACUGACAGACUCAGCAGCAGAGGGCAGCUGGGUGUGGGUGGACAGCUCACCACUGAAUGAAAGUUUGACAUUUUGGUCCUCUAACGAGCCAGAUGAUAGGAGAGAGGAAGACCCUGAUGGAGAGGACUGUGGGAGGAUGGGGCCAAUGAACUGGUCUGAUAAAUCCUGCAAAUCACCUCAAAGAAGUAUUUGUGCGAAACCAGCAGAGUCUCUGUGUGUGUCUGACAGAAGCCCAUCCUUCGACUCUUUGAAGAAAAGUUUUGAAAAUUUUGGAAACAUGUUCAAAAACGCCUUUAACCUCUAG